AGUGGGACUUCCAUUCAAGACCCUCAUAUGGCCUCUAUCUUUGAGGGGGCAUGGGAGGACCCUGGAGAUGAAGGGGAGGAGUGGCAGGAGGAGCCAGAACCAGCUGAUUCUAACCAUGAGGAAUCCCGAGAGACAGAUUCUACCCCUCAGCCAGCCACGCAGGCCGAUGCGCAUGAUGAUCAGCCGGAGCAGCAUGUGCCUUCAACUCCAUCGAGAAGCAUGGUGCCCCACCAACCGUCAGGCUGCUGAUAUCCUUACCAAGUCUCUUCCAUUUGAGCGCCAUGGUGUGUGCAUGACCUUGCUCGGGAUGCAGCCCCAUGAUGACAGGGUUCCCGCAGCAGAUGCCGGCGUCUUGGUGCUCCUCUCC